UAUAGUGAGUGUAGAGGAACCAAGGCAGAGUUAAUUAGUAGUUAUAAUUUGAUGAUGAUUGGUCUUUUCAUUGCUCCAUUCGCAAUUGUUGUUGCAUUAUUUGCAAUCGGCUAUAUAGGUUUUGUUUACCUCUUCACGCAAUCGCAAAAUCGUAAAUUGGCAGCUCUUGCAGCAUCAGAAAAUAAUCUAAUUGCAGGUAUAUCAGCAUCAGAAAAUCGUCUAAUUGCAGGUAUAGCAGCAUCAGAAAAUCGUCAAAUGGCAGCCUUAAACCAAAUUCUUUUUGAAUUGCGAGGCCGUGCUCGUCCUAACGGGAAUGCUUAUAGUUUACAGGGUUUUUUUAAAUCGCCAAUUGACAUUUGUCGUGGAGAUACUGCAUAUAAUGGAAUAUUGCCAAACGCACGGUUAAUUGUAAACUACGGAGGAUUUACUGCUCUGAUGGAAAACAUUCAAAAUGUUGGAUUGUCAGUCAGAUGGACAAACCCAAGUGUGACGAAUUUUCCUUAUAUAAUCUGUAAUGACAAAAAAUUCCGACUUCAACAAUUAUUUAUAAAUUGGGGAAAUGGUAAAGAAGAUGGAAGUUUGCACAAAAUCGGAGGAAAGGGAUUUGCUGGUGAACUAAAUUUUCUGCAUAGAAAUGUUCUAUUUGGUGAUAUGUCUGAUGCUCUGAGAUCUCCAGAUGGGGCGCUUUUUAUUGCAGUUUUUUUAAUAGAAGCGAAGCAGGACAACGAAAAUCUCACUCCAUUAAUUGAUGCUCUUUAUCAUGUUAAAUAUGCUGGCACUGAAUUUUUACUCCCACAAUUUGAUGCUUCUCAACUUCUUCCAAUUCGUGAUAAACGGUUUUGGCUUUAUUCUGGUUCUGAAAUUGUCGCACCGUAUCGUGAAACGGUCAACUGGCUCGUUUGUUAUUCAAAAAUCCCAAUUUCUUCAAAACAAUUAGCUAGACUCCGAGAACUUCGCAAAGGUCCAAGAGGAGAUGUUUCGAAUGCGCCUUUAAUGUACCCUCGUCCGCUGCAUUUAUUGAAUAAUAGGACUAUACAAUCCUCUUUUGUUUGGCCUGAUGAAUGAAUUGAGACGUUUGGAGAUUUUUAUAUAUAGAAAACUUGUAGUGAUUUUUGAAAAAAUAACGGGUAUUGAUAUACCUAUUUAAAAUCUCAUUUUUUUGACUGC